AUGAAAGACAGAAUAAAUCUAUAUAAGGUUCGUUUAGGAUUGAUAAUCUUCCAUGGAUUUAGAAUUCCUGAGUGGCAAGUUUUCAAUUUUUUUCAACUAUGGAGGAUACUUCGUCAAAUUGGAAAUGUGGUUGACUACUUAGGUGGCAGUUUCAAGAGAGUCCAUGGUUUAGAUGUGGAUAGAUUUGGUUUUUUUGACUUAAAAGAAGAAGUUGAAAAGCUGGAUGUUGGUAAGUUUGAGAGAAUUGUCUACGGAGUUCCAGAUGUUACUGGAAAACGAAUCUUUAAAGAUGUAGUAGAUGAUAGUGUUGUUAUGGAGAUGAUUAGAGACAGUACUCAGAAAAGAUCAUUAGUAGAGGUUUAUGUGGUUGGGGAAAAUCAGACAUCCAAAAAGAAUGUAGGAGAAGCAGAGAAUGAGAAAGAGAAGAACAAUGCAGGAGAAGCACAGGAGUUAGGAGUUGAGGCACAUAAAGAGAAAGAGAAGAACAAUGCAGGAGAAGCACAUGAGUUAGGAGUUGAGGCACAUAAGGAGAAAGAGAAGAACAAUGCAGGAGAAGCACAGAAAGGAAAGAAGAAUGCAAGUGUAGAAAAUGCUUCUAUGUCAGAGGAUGCUUUUGAUAUAGAUACAUAUAUAGAAGAAUUCAGUUUGCCAGAUGAACAAAAUGGUGUGGAUUUAGGAGUUGAGGGGCAAAUAGAUUGUGAUGCUGAUGAAGAAACUAAACUGAAAAUGGUUUUCAGUGAAAGGCAGGGACGGACGCAGACCUCACUAGCAUGA